GCAAAGACCAACUAAACUUUCCUUUCCCUGCAACUUUCUCCACAUGAGAAGAGAGAUCGGAGCAGAAUUCCUUCCGACCCGGACCCAUGUCGUUCAAUCCGACCCAUUUGAUGGACUCGCAGACGGCGGCGGAGCGGGCGGUUUCCGUCAUCGGGUUCGGGUACGACUUGACGGCCGAUAUCCGGCUGUCAGCUUGCAAGCCCGGGCCAUCCGGGUCGGGUCUGAUCAACAUUCAACGGAGCUCCACCAAGGACUUGGUCCUUCCCGGAGGCGUCGUCGUCGCUAAUGUCUCGACCUCCAUCAAGUGCGACAAGGGUGAACGGACUCGGUUUCGCUCAGAUGCUCUGUCGUUUAGUCAGAUGUCUGAACAAUUCAAUCAGGAACUGUCUUUAUCUGGCAAAAUACCUUCGGGUCUAUUCAAUGCAAUGUUUGGUCACAAGGGGUGCUGGCAAAAGGAUGCUGCUGCCACGAAACUUCUUGCCUUUGAUGGAUGGUUUAUUUCCUUGUAUAACGUCGAGUUGGUGCGUAGCCAACUUGCUCUAUCUGAGCAAUUGAAAAGAGAGGUUCCUUCUUCUUGGGAUCCACCUGCCCUUGCUCAGUAAGAUCAUUUAGAACAGUUCUAAUGCCAGAACCCAUAAUGUUCUUUUUAAGAAACUAAUUUUGUAGAUUCAAAAAUCACAUUUUAAAUUGUAGAUUAUACCAUAUACUCCUUAUGUUUUUGCAUUCUAGGAAGAUUUAACCUCUUUGAUUUUUUACAGGGGUAAGAUUCGAUUGUGUACAUCUUGACCCCCAGACCCCCACCAAGUUGGGAUUAUGCUGGGCUUGUCGUUGUUCUUGUAGGAACUAGGAAGAUUUAUUUGCACAUAUUUUGAUUCUAUCCUUACUGACCUUGACUUAUUCAUCUCUGUUAGUGCCAUGAUUUUUUCUUCGUAUGAUAUCCACUUAUAUUAUGGAAGUGUUUGAUUUCUUUCUUAGAUGGCACUCUUUUUAAAUAUGGAGUACAAUUUUUUUUUAAAAAAGAAUCUUACUAAUCAUGAACAUAUUGAAAAUGGAUUUUUUCCCGUAUGCUUUCACUUAUGUCCAAUGAUCAGUCACUCUGUAAAGAUUUAGGUGUUUAUAUAGAAAUGACAACUGUUUGUAAACUACAAUACUUCAUGGAUUUAAGUUGAAAGAAAUGUUUGAAUUUCUUUAUAAUUGACAACCUUAUAUCCCUUGAUAAAUAUGACAUGCAAAUAACUGUCACAAUCUCAUUACCUCUUAGUUGCUAGAAACUCACAAAUUAUGAAAUUUAUUGCACGAGUGUCCAGAUUCAUCGAAAAAUAUGGGACCCAUAUCAUUGUUGGGGUAAAGAUGGGAGGAAAGGAUGUAAUCCACAUAAAGCAGCUUCACAAUUCAAAUCUUGAGCCUGCAGAAGUGCAGAAAUUAUUAAAACAGUUAGCUGAUGAAAGAUUUUCAGACGAUGUAAAUGGAAACACGAUAUCAAACCCAAAUAAAUCUACUGAAAAUCAUAAGGUAAUUGGCAUCAAAAUUUCCAGACAUUCUUCUAACAAUCAUCUUACUGUUUAACAUUCAUAUCAUUUUGUGGUCACACAGAAAUGAAAACUCAAAGUGUAAAACUAAAUUGCAAUUCAAAUG